GUCGCGUGCGACGAUUGAGAAGCGGGACAAAGUCAGGAAAACGCAGUUUUGGCAGUCUGUAGAAAGUGAAAUGGCUGCUCUGAACUGCAUCUCCAUCUCUGAGCUUCACCCCAGCUUCUCUCAUCCAAAGGUGGUAGGAGUCAUCAUCGCAAAAACUGAUGUGAAAAGCUUUCCUGACAGAAGAAACACUGAGGUGAUCCGAUUCACUUUUGGCUUUACUGUAAAAGACUCGCCUGAUUUCUUCAUUAAUGUGUCGGUCUGGGGAAAUGAUGGCUACGUCAACGGGCUCGCCAACAGCUUUGGAAUUGGAGAUUGUGUCAUCAUUGAAAAUCCUCUAGUCUCCAACAAAGACCCAAACAAUGGAGACAAGUUCUGCCCUACAUCACCAAGCCACUACAGGCUGCUGGUGACAGAGGCUCACUCCCAGGUGUAUCUGUGCACUGACRUCGACACCGUCGACAGGCUGCUGCCGUUGAUCCACAUCCCCGUCAAGGACUCCAGAGACUUCUACUCUCUGGGGGACAUCGUGGCCAAUGGACAAAAGCUGGACGGCAGAAUAAUAAAUAUCCUGGCUGCCAUCAAACAGAUGGGCGAGAUGAAGCAGUUCACCACUUCAGACGGGCGCAGAGGGCAGAGGCUUGAAGUGAAGCUCUUCGACGACUGCGUCUCAUCCUUUCCCCUCGUCUGCUGGGACAAGGAGACCAUUCAGAUCCUUCAGAGCUUAGUGCUCAAGGAGACGGUGCUCUUCAUAGCCGACGCAAAGAUUAGCUUCGACAACUUUCGCAGCAGCAUGGUGGCCACGGUUAACUUGAAAAGCGUCGUUACCGUCAAUCCCGACACGAGAGAGGCCAGUCUGUUGUUGAGCUACGCUAAAGACCUGUCAGAGUCUGGAGCUCUGGAUCAGGACGAGGCACCAGAGGAUCUGCCCGUGGACUCCAUCACCGACGUGUACACGGUGAGGCAGCUGAAGGAGAAGGCCAAAGAUCACCCCGAGGUCUUCUUCGGCAUCACGUACAGCUUCAUCUCCAAACUGGACCUGGACUCAUCCGUUUCAAAGGUCGUCAGGASGCGUUGCUCCAGAUGUAGGUACCAGGUGGCGGAGGACACGCAGACCUGCACCAACCAGCUGUGUCCGGGGAGAGAUCAGGCUCUUUCAGCCUCCGCAGGCUUCGACCUGCUGGUGGACUUCACGGACCACUCCGGCACCCUGCAGGCCUGCAGCCUCCGAGGCCCCGUGGCAGAGCAGACGCUCGGCUGCACGACAGAGGAGUUCACCAGACUGACCGAUGAUCAGCGAACCACGCUGAAGUGGAGAUUUCUUUUGGAGAGGUGUAAAAUCUACGUGAAGAUCCUGCCGUCUACACGGACGAAGAGCGGGAUCAGAGGGACGAUCCUGUCCUGCUCUCUGGCUGAUCCUGGAGAGGUGAAGCAGAACAUGUCCGCUCUGCUGCAGCAGCUUUAAUCAGCAGAAACAGGAAGUCACGUCUGUUUCAGGGAUUUGGUUUUCCCACAGUUUGGUCAUGUUCAGACCACAAACAA